AAAUUCCUAAUCCACGUUACAUUCACUUACCACAGGUGGUAAAUUGGUGGUUACAUUCACUUUGGGAAUUUUCCGUAGUUGCUACUGUGACAGCUGCUCUUUUACUUGCUGUAUUUGGUAAAAGACUUGCUCGCAUUAUGUACAGGUCUCUACAAUUAUUAAAGAACUCGCGCGCUGGUGUAUGGCAGGCAAAAAGACUAUUUGCCACAGGUAAGGCCCGCCCGAAACAACCCGGGCCUUGGGUCUGUUAAGAAUUCGGAAAUUGCACCAUUUUACACUGAACCGCAAACGCAUUUUAUUCCGUACGUUUAAAUGGUUUAAUGAUGUACAAGUGCAGGCAAUUGUACUUGGUGUUUUAUCAAAUGCGCUUGUUUUAAUUGCUAUGGUUUGAUGGUAAAUAUCCGUAUUUGAGUGUAUAUCAAGUACAAUUAUCUUUCUACAAAUUUUGUAUUCUAUGCAGUAUGCAUGAUUGAAUACGAAUUCUUGGACAACAUUUGUGUAGCAAACAAAUGGUGUAAUUUAAAUUCAGUGAUAUUUUAAUCCAUAAAUCCCAAACUUUAUCCAAAUUCUAACUCUGAUCCUAUAAUCCCAAUCUUUAUCCAAAUUCUAAUUCUAACCACAGAAUAGACAUCUGAUCCAUUUUAUAUGGAAAGUCACUCACCAUGGAAAUUGUUAACCAAUGCAGACUGGCAUGAGGCUAUCUUAUCCACCCAUAUUUGAGAUGCAAAAUUCUGGCCAUCUCUUAUUUGCCAUCUUUUGCUAUAGCCCUAAGUAAUACAUAAUUCUGACCAUAUGCCCUGACAGACAUUUGUCGUUAGUCUGAACCAUGCAUAGAGUUGGUAAAAUUGUUGGUCUUUUAUUUCUUAAAUAUCAACACUAUGAUUGUGGGACAACAGUGCCACAGAAUAAAUGUACAUUUCAAAUAACAAUGUCCCACAAGCCUGAGGAAAAGUUUUCAAUUUAAAAUCCUAGGGUCAAAAUCAAUAGACCAUCUGGAAAGUUACUGGGACAUACUGUAACAUGUAAACAUCAUAGCCUUGAUAUUGUUUAUUUUAAAACUCAACAUUUGCUAUACUACCCAUGCACAUAAAUGGUGUACUAAACAAAUGAACAACCCAUGAAUGGCCAGUGAAAAAACAACAAAUUACAAACAUGAACAACCAAUGAAAAACCAUUAUGUCGAACAAUAGCAACCAACCAACAGAGAACCAAUGAACAACUGGCAAACAACCACUGAACAACCAACAAACAACCAGCAAAUUAACAACCAACAGCCAUGAAACAAGUAACCAGCAAACAUCCAUGAAAAAUGUCCAGCAGCACCCACGAUUGUACUGACAGGAAAUGUAAAACAAAAUAUUUUCACAGGAAAUUUUCUUACGUCUUGCAGGAAAUGCUUUGGCACAAAACCUAUUGUACAAUAAAACUGCAUUAUAAAUGUUCUUUUAGGUUCUGCAUGUCAGAAACUGUUGGAGAUGCCACCGUGUGACCACCAACCUGAACCUUAUACAGUAAGUUAAAAACUCUGAAUUUUAUUACUACAGAAGUAAGCUCGUAGUUUAACUGAUUAUAUUAUUUCCAUUGCUAUAGGGCAAAACACCAGAAGAAACUUUGAAGACUAGAAAGGAAAAGUUAUCACCGACCUACUACCUUUAUCAUCCAGCUUCCCCUCCUGUUAUACAUGAGGUAUGAAAUACAAAUAGUCAUUGAAAACCUUUCUCAAUGUUUGUGAAAAUAAUUUCCAUUAACCUUGUCUUGGGUAGAAACAGAGGCGAAGCUAGCCCCUUUUAAUUAGGGGGUGUCUGGCAGAAUUGCCCUGCCAAAACCAAUGAUGCGCCCUUCAGCUGACCAGUGCUAAUGCAAUACAUACAAGCUAUGUGUAUAAUUGAACUAGUGCCGAUGCCAAUGUACUGCAUACAAACUGCUUACUGUUUGCUAGCUUAAUAACUCUACAUCCUAUCAUUUAAAAUUAAACUCAUAAUAUAUUCAUUUAUUUUAUUGGAAUUUUUCACAUUUUGAUUGCUAUGCCAAUCAGGGUGAUUCAUAUUUUGGAGGGUGCCACACUCCCCCAUACCCCCCUCAAGUUUUGCCCCUGGGUAGAAACAGGAGUUGAAAUUUACAAUAACAAGAAAUUGCGAAUGGGCAAGAUGCUUGAAAGCCAUGCAUUUUCCCAUGCACUCAAUUUUUUGUAAAUUUUAAUACUUAUAGUAGCAGAAUUCUAAAACCUUAAUAGCUAUAUACAGUAUUUGGCAGGGUAAAAAAGGAACAACUUUUUCCAGAUGCAAAUUGUAAUCAAACAACUUGCUUGAAGUCACUUGUUGAAGAUUGAAAGGCUGACCACCCCCCAUUUAACAGUACUACACAAUCUAAGUAUACUCUUGUUUCAUGUAGGGUAAAAUGCAAUGGUUAUGGGACAGCAAUAACAAGCGAUAUUUAGAUUUGUUUGGUGGGAUUGUCACAGUGGGUGUUGGGCAUUGUCACCCGUAAGUAUUUUUCAGUAACAUUUUAAAAAUAUAUAUUGCUUACCUUGGAAAAGCUGCUUAAUUAACAGUCUCAGAAUCUUGAAUUUGCCUUUUUUGAAUCUUGAAAGUGCAUAAAAAGUAACAAACAAUUUGGCCUGGCCAAAUAUUAUUUAAUACUGAAUAUAAUCUUCAGUAUGAACCAAUAUUAAACACCACUUUGCAAAUAACAGAUAUGAUUUUUCCAUAAAGUAUAAAAUGUAAUUCCUCAUUCUUCUUGCUAAGGAACAUUUCCUCAAGAUCCUGAGAUAUACAGUUUGCAUGUUUGACAUACUACAGUUCUUCAAAAUGAGUAAAUAUUUGACCAUUAUCAACUCAUGCAGGAAGGUAAAUGCUGCAGUCAAAGCUCAGAUGGACAAACUCUGGCACACCACACAAAUUUACAUGCAUCCAAAUGUCCACGAGUAUGCUGAACGACUGACAGAAAAGUUUCCUGGGGAUCUAAAAGUAAGUCAACUUGUAUCACAAAUUCUGAAAAGUGGAUUAAUAAAAAGUACCAUUUUGUGCAUUUUAUAGGAUGUCUUGUAAUCUUCAGAACUGGCAUUGCAGGGCGUGGGGGGGGGGGGAUGCACUCAGACGUACCCUCUAGGAGUCCUGCACCUUCAGCUACCUUUGGCUGGAUCCAACAGACAAUGUGUCUUGAUGAACACAAAGAUGUACAAAUCAACAAUGCCCUGCAGAAAUAUUUUGUAUUUUUUUUACUAAGUUUUUAAAAACUGUUAUGUUUUAGGUUUGUUUCUUUGUGAACAGCGGUUCUGAAGCAAACGAUCUGGCCUUGUUCCUUGCAAGACACUAUACCAAAAAUUUUGAUUUCAUUUCUUUGAGGUAAUCUUGUCUUCUUUUCCUUGUUGCUCAAGUUGGAAUAGUUUUGGGGAACGAAUGUGAAAGGCCUUGAAACCCAUUUUUUACUAAGCAAAUUUGUGCGCCGAGCAACUUUAAUUUCUCCUCUGUUGGCAUCGCUUAUCACGCUCGCAAAGGCGUACACACGUAAAAACGCACAAGUUGUAACUAACGUGCAGCAGACUUGUAGCAAUGCUGUUCCAACAACUUGUCAAGAGUAUCUGUUCGCACUGCUUGUUGACAAGUUGUCAACAGCCUGUUGACAACUUGCUACAAGGUUGUUGAACUCAACAGACUUGUUACAAGUCGUUCCAACAACUUGUUAUUGUCCUGCAAUUCAACAAUUUGUGGGUGACAACGUUGUAGCACUUUAUGAAAUACCAGCGUUUUUACAACUUGUUGACAAGUUUGCUACAAGCCUGUUGCGAACACAUCUUGUUGACAAGUUGCAUUGAAGAGAAGUUGUGAGAUUUUUACGUGUGCAGCCUGCGCACACAUUGCGCAGUCUCAUGACAUCGUCACACAGGCAAGCCAAAGCAAUGCCGACAAAAUAAAAAUCUUCGUGCGAACAAAUUCGCCUUGCGGAAAAACAGGUAGCGAAACAGACUAAUCAAAUUUCAAAUCUAACAAAACUUUCUUCUUCAAAGAAAUUCUUAUCAUGGUGCAAGUCCCUACAUUAUGGGCGUGACUGCCGUUGGGACUUGGAAAUUUAACCAUCCAGUUGGCUUCGGAGUUCAUCAGGUGUGGAAAAACAAGGAUUCGGCGAUAUAGCGCAGAUGAGAGUACAUGAGAGCUGGCGGUGAAGCAUUAACAAAUGGUUUACAGUAUCAUGUAUUCUAUUUAAGUUAAAACAGAGUUGGAACACUUGUCAAACGUUUAAUAUUUUGUUAAUCUAGAGCAUGAAAUGUCUCCUGUAACAAUGCACGACUUCUAGUCUUCAUCAACUCUCCUCCUCAUAGCUUGUAUAGCUUCGUGGAUUUCACAACAAACGGUCUUAUUUUUGUCCGUAGACCAUGAACGCUGAUGUGUACAGAGGACUGUGGGGUGGAUCAAAGUGCCGAGAUUCGAUUGCACAGGUAGCUCAUGUCAAUAAAAUUAUGUCAGUCAAUACAGUCUCGGUCAGUAUUAAAGGUAGACGGUUUGUUGUCAAUGCCUUUGUCGGCCUAUGGUAAGCCUUCUAAGUCUUCAAUAACACAAGCAGUAACUUUUUACCCUUUACCGUGCAUGUUAAGAUUUACUGAACACAUUUUUCAUCAAAAUGUAUUAAACAUUCAUUUUCUAGACAACCAGAACUUGCAACUGUGUUGAAGGUACUGUACAAACGAAGUCCCGAUUUUUCUAAAUAGAGCGCUGCGGAUUCCUGACACAGAGCGGCUAUAGUUGCAUUUUCUGCUGCUGGUUGGGUAAUAAAUGUAUAAAACACUCGGAAUCUACUAGGCCCUUCUACGAUAACAAUUUCUGUUUUUAUUCCCCCAGGACAAUGCGAAGCAACAGGCAAUUAUAUUGCUCAAUUUGAGGAUAUGUUGAAACAUUCCUGUGGGCAGAAAGUUGCUGGGUUUAUUGCUGAAUAUAUCCAGGUGCGCUCUGGUGUCUACGACUCUACGAGAGUCUUAAAGUAGACGCAAAUUACUGGCUUUUCAUAAAUUUUGAUGUUAUUUAUUUUGCUAUACAAACUUGUGGAAUAUAUAGUUGAGUUUCAAGGUCCAUACAGACCGAAGGCGAUUCGACAACGCGACUUUUCAGUUUUUAAAAACAAAUAAAACCGUCAACGGAUAAAAAUUUGCAGACCGAAUGGCUUAAGUGGUGCCAAAUAUUUGAAAAACAUAGAAAAAUAUUGAAGUUAAUUGUCAUGAAAUUUGAAAAUUCGCGUCGAGUUGCUAAAUCGCGUCUGGCUUGUAUGGAUCUUCACUCGACCUGUUUUCUGUAUAAAUUACUGUUUCUUUCAGGGUGUUGGUGGUUCAGUUCAACUUCCAAAAGGUUUCUUACCCAAGGCGUAUGAACUUAUCCGAGCUCGAGGCGGACUCUGUAUUUCUGACGAGGUCAGUGCUAUCCAGGAUACGGGUCUGACAACGGUAUUGCCUUCACCCACAGUCAGUUACUUACACCCAAGUUUGCUUUAUGUUUAGGUUCAGACAGGAUUUGGUCGCUUGGGUUCAUCAUUUUGGUCAUUUGAGGACGCUGGGGUUGUCCCUGAUAUAGGUAUAGCAUCAUAUCAUAAAAUCGUAUCUUAGGGGCCUCGGUGGUUUUAGGGGACUUCGGUGGCUUUAGGGGACUCCGGUGGCGCAGUCGUCAGAGAAAGCGCCAUUCACCAAUCGGAGAUUGUGAGUUCGAUUCUCGCUACGGACUCAUGUGAAAAGAGUCGGUCAACGCUCUGCCGAAAGUCGUGGGUUUUCUGCGGGUGCUCCGGUUUCCUCCCACAGUGAAAGUUGACAGGGUGGGUUAGGAUAAACACAUUUAGGAAAGUAAUAUCACAAUUGUUGCAAGGAUAAAUAGUCUAGGGUCUCUAGGCUAAAGUAGGUAAUACAAGUAAGCGUGAUACUGGAUGUAAUCGCUCACUGAAAAGGCACAAUGGGGAGUGAGCUAAAUAAUGUAAGUAAUGUAUGUAACUCGAUUCAACUAUUUUUCAGUGACAAUGGCGAAGAGUAUUGGUAAUGGCUAUCCACUGGCUGCUGUUGUAACUACGCCAGGUACGGUUCAGCACCAUCGAGCUCCAUAUAAGGAGAAUCCGCCAUGAGUGUUCCCAGUCUUUGUGGGAAUGUCAGUUGCCCACUCAUUCUCGUACCCAGAGCCCUUCUUACGCGCGGUGCGACGAGGGGCUCUGGCCAAAUCCAAAACCGGAUACCAUAAAAACAUAGUAAAAGAAUAUAUCCGGUAUUAGAACAAUAACCUUCGUUGUAGCCAAUCAGAUGCCAGUUUGAUAUGGAUUUGGCCAGAGCCCCUCGUCGCGCUUCGUUGACCGCGCUCUGGGUACGAGAAUGUUGCCGACUCAGAAUGAAUGGGAUCUAGAAUAUCAUUUAUAUACUGUAAAUAUAUCCAGUAAUUCCAAUCUUGUCUCAAAUAAACAGCCCCUUACAACCCCCUUUAUAACGAACAAACGUAGCUUGGAGUUUGUCGGUUAACCGAGUCAGAUCCGAGCUCGAGUCAAAUGUCUGAGUCACUGUUUAGCGGUCUUUGUAGUUUAAUGACUUAGUACCCUAAUCCUAUUUGAUUGUGAAGUUUAUUUAGUUUCGUCUUUUUUACGUGACUCCGACGUUUGACUCGGAAUUGACUUGGUAAAUGGAUUUACUCACGCAGCUUGCCAUCGCGCAUUUGUUCAUGAACCUUGAAUGAAAAAUAUCGAGUGUGUUAAUGUUACUCAACAGAGAUCGCCAGCGUGAUGGGAGAAGCCAUUCAUUUCAAUACGUUUGGUGGUAAUGCACUUGGUAGUGCUGUUGGCAUGGCGGUCUUGGAUGUAAGUAAAGCAUGGUUAAUCCAUUUAGUCCUAACCAUGUCAUUGUGAACGAUGUGAAAUAGUCUGGAUCUAUUUUGCUCGAAAGCCGGCUAGCGUAAUCCUAGGUUAUUCAAAGCAAACUUCCUAACAGCUGUUUAUAAACUUGGAAAUAUUUCUUUAGAAAUCUUGUCUGGAUCAAUAGGAGUUUACUCUUAUGAAGUUUUGAAUAAACAAACGUGCAUGGCCUCCUCCGCAGGCAUCGCCUUUACAUUAGCGGGCAAAAUUUGCUUGCGGGCAACAAAAUUGAAAGGCUAACACGUACAGAGAUACAUGAACUCAAACAGGGGCCGGUUCAAGGUGGAUUAGCCUAACCCUAGGUUAACCUAAAAUUCAAAGCACACUUCAUGACAGCUUGUCUAAAAAUUUGAAAAUAUUUCUUGUCUGGAUCGAUAGGAGUUUACUUCUCUGAAAUAAACAGACGUGUAGAAAUACACUAACUAAAACAGCAGAUUAAAUUUUAACCCAGGGUUAGCGCUAACCUACCUUUGAACAACCGGCCCCAGAAGGUUAAAUUUUAAUCCAGGGUGAGUGCUAAUCCAGCUUUUAGCAACCGGUCGUGGGCGGUCUAUGUAAGACAACCUUGAUUGGUUGUGGUGGCUAGCUCAGCGUGUUUCCCUCAUGUGGCAAGCUUUACAUAUGGAGACUAUAGUCAUACUAUGUUUUGAUUUAGGCGAUCGAAGAAGACGGAACUCAGCAAAACUCUCAUGUUGUUGGCACGCAUUUCUUAUCUGAGUUACUGAAACUUCGAGAUGAGUUUGAAAUUGUCGGUGAUGUACGAGGGAAAGGAUUUAUGCUUGGCUUGGAGUUAGUCACAGAUAAGGUUCGUCACUGAUCUCGCAGUAAAACUGGACUCUAUCGUGCUAAAAAUGAAGCUAGAAGUCAGCCGUUGCUGUAAGACCGUUCUAUUUCAGACUUCUCCUCAAAGAUAACUGGUAGCCUUUCUAACGUAUUUUGGUGUCAUCAGAAUCACCGAUCAGUAUAUUGUAGUUAUCUUGUAUUUUUGAAGUUUGGACGUGUUUUCAUUAUUAAGAAGUUGAUCUCUUAGUAAUAGCAGAUUUCGAAGUCCUUGGUUAGCUUAGGCUCCCCAAAAGGUUGUGCAAUCCAGUCAUGUGUUUGAGAGCAGUGGUCACUUGCAAUCCAGAUAAUUUGGUAAUCUGGGACAGGACUGAAAUCCUUAGUAACAUUUUUAUAUUUAGGAAUCGAAGAACCCUUUGCCAGCUCCAGAUAUUGUAGAAAUAUGGGACGACAUCAAGGAUAUGGGUGUUUUGAUCGGUCGAGGUGGACUGUACGGAAACGUAAGCAACUUUUUUUUAUUUUUACAACUUUAGCUC